AAAAUAUGAGCUUGUUGUGUUACUUGUCAGUUUUGCAACAUCUCACUUGUGCAAACAUAAAAACUAAAACAACCUUAGGGCAUUUUGGGGGGUAUUUUUUUCUUUCUUGAGGGAUACUGGGUUAAUAAAUUGAAUAUGAAAGUUUGGUAGUUAGUGUAGAUUAUCUUGUCCCAAAAUCCUGUUCAGAAGGUGGCGGUAAUGCGCCUAACGUUGCUGGCCAACCACCAAAGAUAUGAGAAGAAGAAGAAGAAGAAGAAGAAGGAAGCGAAGAAGAAGUGGCUGUAAUCAUGGCGGACCAAAACAAGGCAGACACGGGGGAGAGUUUAUACAAUGAAAUACUAAGUCCGUCUGAGCUGUUUGCAGCCCGGUCCAGGAGUCACAAGGUCCCAGUCAGAGGACAGAAGGACUUCUUCCCUGAUGGCUCAGAAGAGCAGAGACAGCGGCUCGAGCAGAGUCUGAAUGAGCACUGGAGCCUCAUAUCAGAGGAGAGAGUGGAGAGGCUAGGAAGCCUAGUGAAGGGCGCAUGGAUUCCAAAUGACCAGGUUGUGGAGCUUCAGUCUCCAGCUGGAAAGUUUUGGCAGACGAUGGGCUUUUCUGCCAGUGGCAAGCAGUGCCUCCUCCCUGAAGAGGCCCUCUACCUGAUGGAGUGUGGAAACCUGCAGGUGUUUUAUAAGGACCUCCCUCUGUCCAUCCAGGACGGGUAUGAGAGAUUUCUGUCCUCAAACACAGUCGGCCUCCAGCAAUAUCUGGUGUUUGGGCAUUUGAAGAGGCUUGGAUAUGUGGUGCACAGGUUUGAUCCCAGUUCAGAGCCGUCAGCUUACGCAAGACAGCUGAACCUGCCUCAGUCAAGUGCCAGAGCGGGAAGACAACUGAAGAGGAAACGCAGCGCCAGCCCCACCCCCACCCCAUCAUCCAGUCAUACUGAAGCACAAGAAGAAUGCACCAGUGUCAGAAUGGAGGAGGACAGCUGCAGCUACGAAGGUGAGAAGGAUAAAGACCUUCCAGUGUCACAGCUGACAGCCUCCCGAGAGACUUCUAAAGUGCACACUGCCACCACAAGUACAGCAGCAGAAGGCAGGGGCAGCACAUGGUGGAGGACAGAUGUUCUGGGAGACUGGGGACACAGAUCAGAUCACAGCUCCACUUCUGGUUCCUCAUGCUGGGACUUCAGCUCCAUUCAUUUCCCUGACCUUGGCUCCAGGGAGCACCUCCCCAGCUGUCUGGCCUCUCCAGACCCCUCUCUGUUGCCUGGGGCUCUGGCUGUGGGGGUCUGUGACACUGCCCCCUGGAGGCAGAGAAUAAACCUGCGGAAGGUGAGGAUGUCCUCAAAGGAGCAGAAGAGGGAAGAAGACAAGCGUAGGCGCCGGCGGGAUGUGAACAAAGACAGGGAGGUUCAGCGGUGCAGAAACUGGGCAGAAUAUCAGGAGCUCCUGGUGAGGCGGCAGAGCAGGCGUAAAGGCCGACCAGCACACUUGUGGAACAGAGAAGUCAUGCCUUUACAUGACCCGACACAGCCAGUCUCCACAGGGGAGCUGUUGGAUAAAAUCAGCGUGAUCAAGUCUACAACUUUGCUCGAGGAGGCGUCCAGGAUAAAAGGAUCAGAUGAGUGGAAGAUUUCUUUCAAUGUUUAUCAACCUGAUAGUGUGGCUGACUUCAAGAAGAGCAACCCAGGGAAACCAUAUGCUCGGAUGUGUGUGUGCAGUUUCGAGAAUCCCGUGCCAGACCUGCGUGCCAUGAAGCUGCUGGCCUUCCAGAGUGGAGACAUCCCAGUAGUCUUUGCAGUGGUGGACCAUGGGGACAUCUCCUUCUACACAUUCAAAGACUUCCAGCUGCCAACAGAUGUGUAUCUCUGAGACCUCACAGCUCUAUAAUCAUCACUGUAAAACAUUCACACAUAUCCAAUCUAUAAAAUUGCCGGUAUUUGUGUCCUAACAGCAAUUUACAAUGGGAUCUGCAGGGCUGUGGUUUGCAACAGUUUUUUUUAUGCUAAUGGAGUUGAAAUUCACCAAAGACAAACUACUUGUAAAUUCUACACACGGAGAAGUGAAAAACAUGUUACCAGGAAUAAAAAAAAGUGGAUUUA